AUGGCUGGGAGCAAUCGGAGCUAUGUGGGAAGCACCCGGGUGGGCACCAACCAGAUGCUGAUUCCGGCUGACACAGAGAUUCCUGAUAUUGCCUACUUGUUGGUCUUUGCCAGAUCCCUAUUGCAAGAGCAGACCACACCUGUGGGCACCUUGGUCUUCGAUCGCAGCUCAAGCGUCUCCCAGGUCAGUUUCACAGAUUACGACUUGGAUUCUGGAGAGAUUGGUGGCAAUGUAUCCUGGAUUGAACCUUCGGACCUUGAGGAAGUUCAGGCCUACCGAGUGUAUCUGGCAGAGGAGCGUUCUUUGGUCACACAGGUUGCAACAGGAAGCACUGAAGCCUUACUUCCCACCGAAACGCCUUUGGGUGACUUCACUCAACUUCUGGUCUACACAAAGUCCCUCUUGGCAGAGCAGACCACGCCCGCAUCUGUUGACCUCUCAGACACCUCUUUCUAUGUGGUGCAGGAAAGCUUUACGGACUUGGAUCUAGAUGCUAGCGACCUUGGUGGUCCGUUGAGCUGGCUUGAAGCAAGAGACGACCAACAGGUGACACACUACACCAUCUACCUGGGCUACGACUGCUCCGAGAACAUCACGAUAGUAGCAACUGAAGAUGUUCUUUUGGCUGUCAUGUCUGGCCGUAUGGAUAUGAGCUUCGGGGGUAGUGCCACGCAGCUCACAGCAGCGGUCAGGAAUGCACUGGCGCAACAGCUGCAAGUGGAUGUGGCCUCAAUCUACGUGACAGUUCAGGUUGCAGUUGGCCGUCGCCUUGCCACCAACUGGAUCGUCGAAUACCUCGUGGUUGUGAGUGAUCUCCAGGUGGCCGGUGUGGUGGACGCAGUCGAGGGAAUGCGAGCAGACGUCGCAAGCUUUAGGAAUCUUGUGGUGGGAGAGCUCGUCCAGGCAGGUGUGAGCAAUGACCUGGUCCUUGGAAUGGCCAUUUCCAGCAUCACCACCGUGGCGGUCCAAUAUGUAACAAAUGAACAGCUGCCAGCAUUGCUGCCAGAUACCUCCAACGUGACGGAGGUUCGGCGGCUUUCCAGUGGAAACUUCAGCGAGGCGAUGUACUUUAUCAACAUCCUUAAUGGCACCAGGUACCGCUUCGUCAGUUGUGGUUCAAGGCGAUACAUUGGCGAGGUUCCUGUGAGGACCACUAGAUAUGACGUGCCAGUCGAGACGCGCUUCGAGAGCAAUGCCACGCACAUCCUGAUUUAUGCCAGCUCUGAGUAUGCAGAGUCCAGCAUCGCCUCUGGUUUUGUCCGCGUAGAAGAUGCAGAGGCAAGUGUCCUGAACCUUACCUUCACAGAUGAGGACUUGGAUGCCAAUGAGCUGGGGGGCACCGUCAACUGGGUGCUUCCCCUUGAGGGCCUCGGCGUGUCACGAGUUCAGAACUUCUCUGUGUACCUCACCACGGACACCUUCACUGAAAGAUCCGCUUUAGGCAGCGGCCUUUCCAACAGUUCUUUGGCAGUCCUUGCGGACACACCAAAGCAAAACUACCAGCGUCUUGCAGUCUACACCGUAUCUUCUCUGGUCGAGCAGACCACACCGUCCAGCCUGUUGCUUUUCGACACGGACUCGUCAGUGUCCUCCUUGGAUUUCCCAGACUUUGACUUGGAUGGGCUCGAAGUGGGUGGCAUCCUCUCAUGGAUUGAACCGGAGCAGAAUUCACAAGUGAUCUCAUAUGUGAUCUAUUGGGCUUCAGACAUUGUGAACCAAUCAGGCACCUGGCUUUGCAUCGCUACCAAUAGCUCCGCGGAUGACAGUGACAGUCCCGGGCUUUUGGGACCCUGCCGUGGUCAGCUCUAUGCAGAGGUGCCAGUGGGGACUAGCAACCUCACCGUCCCAGCCGAAACACAUCGCGGCACCUACACCCACUUCUUUGUCUACGCAAGGUCAAGCUUUGUCGAGCAAUCCUCGCCUGCGAUCCUGGAGAUUUUUGAUCUCAAUGCCAGUGUGUCGAACUUGCAAUUUGAUGGCAAGGAUCUAGAUCUAUAUGAGCUGGGUGGUGUUUUAUCCUGGGAUCCACCGGAAGAACUCCUGCGUGUGCACGUCUAUGUGGCGUACCUAGCCAUCGGAGACCGCGGGCAGAACCGUUCACAGAUUGGAUCUGAUGUUCCGGUGGGCACAGAUCAGCUGGACAUCCCACCAGAGCCGCCACGGCUGUCGUUCUCUCAUUUCGUCCUCUACACGAAGUCCACCUUGGUGGAACAGAGCACCCCCACCAGCUUGCUAAUACAGGAUGCAGUGGCCUCCUCAUCCAACGUGACCUUCAAGGACAAGGACUUGGAUCAGUGGCAGGUGGCAGGCAACAUCACUUGGGUCGAGGCGGAUGAUACUUCAGAUGUCGAGGAGUAUUUGAUCUACAUGGCGGAAGAUCGUUUUGGCUCUAACAGGUCCUUGCUUGGAAGCGCAAACCCAGGGAGCACAAGCUUUGCCGUGGAGGACAACACGCCCUUGUUGUCGUUCACGCACUUUGUGGUGUACUCCAGGUCCAGUCUCGUGGAGCAGAGCACUCCUGGAGCCGUGGUGAUCAUUGAUGUGAGCGCGGCUGUGGAACAGUUAUCCUUUGUGGACCUGGAUCUUGAUGCUUCAGAAUUGGGAGGCGAAGUCACUUGGUCUCCACCCACAUCUGGCUUGGAACAAGUGAACGGCUAUGGCGUCUACCUCUCUGAUGCUGCUUAUGUGGCCCGCAGCCAGAUUGGCAUCGUGCCGAAGGGCACUCAUGUCAAAGCAGUGCCUGACAGCACAGCCCGUCAAAGCUUCACCCAUGUGCUGGUGUAUUCUCGUUCAGAUGCUUUCCAGCAAAGCACUCCGGCUGCGACCGCCAUCUCUGAUGCCUUGGCACAGGUGACCUCCUUGGAGUUUACAGACUUUGACUUGGAUGAGACCGAAGUGGGUGGAACGCUGAUGUGGCAGGCACCAGAAGAUACCACCUAUGUGGCCUACUACAAUGCAUACAAAGCCUACUUCUGUAAUGACACGAAUGACACCAAUGGCGAGCCCAUCUAUGUGGCUGGCACCUUCAGCUUUUUGAUGGAAGCAUCUCCUGAACAGGUUUCAAGUGCAGCACGGAGCGCUUUGGCAUCAGUAUUGGGGGUUGCGCCCGAAACCUUGAGUGUCACCAUCAAUCUAGCACGACGACUCAGUUCGUCAUCCUUCCAGACCAAUUUCAUUGUCCACUAUGAGCUCCCAGUGAUGUCGCCAGAGGUUCCGCAUUUGCUGGCAGGAAGCGCUGAAGCAGAAGCUGAUGGAAUGGUAGCUGUGGGCUUUGCUCAGCUUCUUUCCAAGGAACUGUGCCAAAGUGGAUUGCCAGCGCAAGAUCUGUCGUUGCAACCUGUGGAAGGCCUUCACUUGGAGGUGGAGCUAGAGCAGCCAACGGUCAUGGAAGAGGACUCCAGUACUUCAAGGAUGCGCUCAUGGUUGUUGACAGAGGAGGCCCUUGCACGGCGCCUCACAGGUGCCGUCGAUACUGACGACAGUGAUGCGGACACAAAUCAGAGCGACACUACAGAUGAGUGGGACUUGAGCAAUUUCACAGGCGAUGUGGCAGCGCAGAUCAGCGGCCUCUUCCGCUUUAACUUGGCUGGAGCCAAUGCGGGGCAGGUACGGCUGGCUGCAAAAAAUGCGCUGGCCGCAACCUUCGGCGUCAGUGUCAAUGACAUCAGCAACUUGCACUUAAUCGACACGGAGGACUUUUGUUGA